AUGAGGACAUACCUGGCGAGAAAUAGCCGUUAUUUUUUAAGAGGAGGUACGAACCCAGUUGUCACAAUGUCCAGCAAAAAGGCCAAGGGAAAGAACACUAAGAAGCGCCCCCAGCGUGCAACCUCUAAUGUGUUUGCAAUGUUUGACCAGUCUCAAAUCCAAGAGUUCAAAGAGGCCUUCAACAUGAUCGACCAAAACAGAGACGGCUUCAUUGACAAAGAAGAUCUCCAUGAUAUGCUGGCCUCUUUGGGUAAAAACCCAGCAGAAGAUUACUUGGAGGCAAUGAUGAACGAAGCACCUGGACCAAUAAACUUCACGAUGUUCUUGACCAUGUUUGGAGAGAAGCUGAACGGCACCGAUCCUGAAGACGUGAUUCGAAAUGCUUUUGCCUGCUUUGAUGAAGAAGGAACUGGUAUUAUUCAGGAGGAAUAUCUGCGCGAGCUGCUGACCACUAUGGGAGACAGGUUCACAGAUGAAGAUGUCGACGAACUUUUCCGUGAAGCUCCAAUAGACAAGAAAGGAAACUUCAACUAUGUGGCAUUCACUCGCAUUCUGAAACACGGGGCAAAGGACAAGGACGACUAA